UUGAGGUGCACGACAACAAUGAACAAGGGCAAGGCCGUGAUCCUGGGCUUCGGCGUCACGCUGGUGGGCGUCGCAGGCGCGCUGGGCAUCUACCUGCCGCGGUACAGCUCCAUGGCGCAGCAGGGCAGGGAGCGCACGUCGAGGCGCCGCGAGGCUGUGGAGAAGGGCGAGGCCGACCCCGAGCCGGAGAAACCGUCGUCCUCCAUGUGGAAGAACAUGGACAAGAAGCGGCGCGGCGAAUAGAGAGAGCAAGAGAGACCCAUAAACCCACAAAUUUGGUCACGCGCGGCUGCUGUUGGCGUCGAUGGAGCGCACUUUGGCGAUCACGCGCUUGGGGAUGGCGCCCAGCUCGCUGUUGGGCACGUAGCGACCCCCCUGCAGGAUCUGGCCACGCGCCAAUGGAAGGGGUGUUAAUAUAGUCUACGAGCAGCUUGGCAAGGGAAUGAAGACACUUACGGUGCCC